AAGAAGAGCUCGCUGGUCUUCAGGGGCACGAGGAAGAGGAGCAGCUGAGCUGGGGAAGCGCACUUUCGGCGCCGGAGUAGGAAGCCUCUGUCGGGAAGCGUCAGGGAGAGGUAGCGGAUCUCCUUAAGCUAUGGCAGAACAGGUUCUCUCCCCUGAGGAGGACCCUCCUGACCUCAGCUGCAGUAUCCCUGUGGAAGCAUCACCAGCUCCUGAUCCAGAUCCGACCAAGCACUCCUCUACUGAGCUCGGGCCCCCCUGUUGCUUCUUCCUGGAAGGACGUUGCCGCUUUGGAGCCCGCUGCUGGAACCCUCACCCUGGUGAUAACCCUAAUUUGGAGGACCACAGCCCCACCUGCGAGCCUUCCUUACAGCAGCCAGCCAACAAGAAGCCUGCUAUGAAAACAGCAGAGGAUGUUAUUUCUCGCCUGCUCUGGGACAACCAGGUGCCUGCUGAGCACUUCACGAUUGGUUAUCUUGACCGGUUUUUGGGGAUAUUGGAAGAGCCGUUUUCUGCUUUCUCAUGGGAAGAUCUGGCUUCAGCUGGGCCUGGGGUGCUGGCUAUCCCUAAACAUAGGAUCCAGUAUUUCAAAUACAGGUCACGUAUCGUAUGGGACAAAGUCAGCCGCACAGAUGAUAUCUUUGGGUCCACAGGGAGUGGGAAAACCAUCUUGGAAGUGGUAAAGGAAGAAGAGGAAGCUAUGGCUACUCAUGGUCAUCUUCCCGAUGGAAGCAAAAGGGAGGUGAUGAGAACUGUAGGACAAAGAAUGGCCCAGCACAAGGGGGAUGAAAUUGACCCUGAUGGUUCUGCUAGUGGUGAAGGACAGCAAAACAGGACAACUGGUGAACAGGAAGUAACCAAGGGACUCUUGGAAACUAUGGAUAAUUUGAAAUUAGCCGGAGACACACAUUCCACCCUAGAUAGAAGUACGGUGAGCAAGGAGAUGGAGACAAUUAACACUAUUAGGGAUGGACAUUCGAUCAAGGAUAUGUCCACUCAUGUUCACAGCAUCAAAAAGGGGAAUGACCCAAUAGCAGAGGAGGAAGUGGCAGCUUUGGAAAAUAGGAAACCAAGACAUUUUCCCCAUCUCAAACAGCGACCCACUCAUUUUGUAGCAAUCCCAGUCACAAGCCCAGAGAUCAGGGAAGUUGUGAAAUGUUUUCAAGGUGCCCUCUGUGAAGCUUGCCCUGAUUUAGCCAACUUCUGUGUGCCCUUGGCUGCUCUACAUGUUACACUUUGUUUGCUGCACUUGCACACCCCGGAAGAAAUUUACAAAGCAACUACGGCUCUCCGAGAGUUACAGGCCAGUAACCAGCGCCUGCUGCCCCCAGCUUUGUUUCUCUCCUUCCACCAGGUUGAGACUUUUCAUUCACAUGUGCUUUACAUGGCUUCAGCAUCUGCAGCUGAUUUGGGUUUGCUGGCCCGAACCCUGGAGGGUGCUUUUAGCAAGAAAGACUUGACCAUCAUUCAUCCUCCAGACAAAGAGAAGUUCCACUUGACCAUGGUGAAGAUCCCACCGGGGAAGGCAGGGCCUCAACUGCCGCAAGAUUCUUCAUGGAUUCCCACUGUUGAGAAUUUAGGUACACAGGCAGUACAAGAGCUAUGCUUGUGUGAAGCAAGGAAAGGUAGAGGCACUAAUGGGGCUUACAGCACUUUACUUAAAUUAGAUUUAUACUGAGAGGAUUGCUGUCCACCUGGUAUCUUUAUGGCCAAGGUCCACUCUGUGCAGAAGGAAGGCGACUACAAGUUCAACACCCAUGUCCAGUGCAAGAACUAUUUUUGGGGAAAGCAGAAUGAGAGCUGGUGGGUUAGCCCUGCUUCUGUAGUGAAAAUGAGGCACCCAGAUCCUGCACUGCCUGCCUCCGUAGAAAGGUGAUGAUUAUGCUGGACUGUAUCAAUUUUAACAAGUAGCAGGAGACAAGUCUUCAGUAGAGGAAUAGAUGCAGUAAAGAAUAUUAGAGGUGCAGAGUUUAAAAAGCUGAGAGCAUUGGAAGAGACCCCAGAUUCCAAGCUGUUUUGGUUUAUGAUUUCAAUUCAGGAGAUUUGUUGAUGACUGAGGGAGUUUUAAUAGAGAAGGAAAAUUAGGAAGAAUCAUAGUAAAAUCUUUCUUGCUAAAGGCAUCCUUGCCAUUCUACAGAACAUGAACUAAGACUUCUCAAUGCAGACAAACUUGCUCAUUUGUCAUUACUAAGGGAAAGAAGAGGGAGUUAACUGUGCACCAUACUGAUUUCAAAGGAGUCUUGGUGCUGCAGCCAAAUGCACUCUAAGCAAAAGCAAGGACAUGGUAAACGCAACACACAGCCUGCCAAGAUGAAUGCUGUAACUGUACACCUUCCACUGCUGGCCCUCCCCUCUGCUUUGAAGUAGAAUCUCCUAUGGAGCAAGAUAGACAGACAGACAUAACAGACGUGAGCAUGUUGCUUUAGAAACACGACUGAUGCGCCUGCACAUACUGUGUAGAUGAAUUUGCAAACGUGCAACAGCUACAUUCUCUCGAUCCACUCUGACCAUUUGGACAUGAAACUGGUAAUUAAGGCACUGAGAAUACAAACAGCCCUUAACUAUCUAUUAACUGAUGCUGACAGAUGGAAUAGGCAAAAAAUGUGCUGGUCUCUAUCCAACCAACCGCCUGCUUUGCUUUAGUGAUCCUUACAGCUCUGCUCUUUGGUAAUGGUUCUGAAACCACCACUAUGUAAUGAUAGCAUGGAAAACCCCCUUCACCCUUCUAAUUGCAAUCUUCAUAGGGUGGCACAUUUAGAAAGAUGGAUUCUUGUGUAGAUACUAACAGUAGAGGCCUGGGUUUAAAGAAUUUGACAGAAAAA